GAUGAUUACAAUAAUGGUAGUCACUCCUUUGUUUCUUCUAAAGCAAUAAUGGAAGAUGAGCUUGCAAACGGAUGUAGAAGGUCUUGUUUAAUUUUGCCACAAACCGAUAACAAACCUGGACCAUUAUCUCAAACAAGCUCUUCAAUACAAUAUUCGCAAGAGGAAAUAGAUAAA